AUGACGAGAUACCGUGAUUGUAUCGUGGAGGAUUGCCCUACACCUGGAGAAUACAUAGAUUAUAUGAAAUGCUUUGUGAAACCAUGUCCUUGUGAAUGUCCUCCCACUACGAAAGGACCAGGGACAAAGGCAACGCAAACUGGUACAAUCCAUAUUGAAGUUAAAGAAGGAUCCACCACAGCCGCAACAGUAACCAACCCAAUUGAAGCAACUGGUACCAUUGGCAUUGAAGUGGUGGAGGAGUCCUCAACUGCUGCGCCAGGACAUACUGUUCCAACUGAACCAGAAGGAACUACCCCCGGUGAAGAAGAAGGAACAACAUCAGCUCCUGGAGGAGAGAAAGAAGGAACUACAUCAGCUCCUGGAGGAGAGAAAGAAGGAACAACAUCAGCUCCUGGAGGAGAGAAAGAAGGAACAACAUCAGCUCCUGGAGGAGAGAAAGAAGGAACAACAUCAGCUCCUGGAGGAGAGAAAGAAGGAACUACAUCAGCUCCUGGAGGAGAGAAAGAAGGAACUACAUCAGCUCCUGGAGGAGAGAAAGAAGGAACUACAUCAGCUCCUGGAGGAGAGAAAGAAGGAACAACAUCAGUUCCUGGAGGAGAGAAAGAAGGAACAACAUCAGCUCCUGGAGGAGAGAAAGAAGGAACUACAUCAGCUCCUGGAGGAGAGAAAGAAGGAACAACAUCAGCUCCUGGAGGAGAGAAAGAAGGAACUACAUCAGCUCCUGGAGGAGAGAAAGAAGGAACAACAUCAGCUCCUGGAGGAGAGAAAGAAGGAACAACAUCAGCUCCUGGAGGAGAGAAAGAAGGAACUACAUCAGCUCCUGGAGGAGAGAAAGAAGGAACAACAUCAGCUCCUGGAGGAGAGAAAGAAGGAACUACAUCAGCUCCUAAAGAGAAACCAACUCCUGAAGGGCCAGAACCAGAAAUUCCAUGUGAGGACAAUCCUCUCGGAGCGAAGGAAGAUGGAAAAUUGCUCGACUCAAGCUUCACUGCUACGUCAAGUUAUGCUGAGUUUCAACCCUUCAAUGGUCGGUUGAAUGGUCCAUUGGCGUGGUGUGCCGAAGGGACUGGCGCAGGACAAGAGUAUUUACAGAUUCACGUACCGGAUGCAGAAGCCAUUUGUGCUAUUGCUCUUCAAGGGACUGGUUUUGGAGGCGGAAAUGAACAUGUGACGCAGUUUUACUUGCAAUACUCCAUCGAUGGCAGUCUGUGGGAUACAUUAGCGGAUAAGGAUGGAAAUUUGAAGGUGUUCGAAGGCAAUGAAGAUUCCAAAACUACAAUAAAAAGAGUGUUAUUGGUUCCCGUCGAGGCAAAAUACAUUCGAAUUGUCCCAGUGACUUACGAAGGAUGGCCGUGUUUGAGAGCAGAGCUGUAUGGAAAAGAAAGGAAACAAAAAGCACCUUUCGGAGUAAUAGAAGAAACUACUUCUCCUCCCAAAGAAGAAGAAAAAACUCCCGGGCCACCUGGUGAAGGAAAAGGAGAAACUUCAUCGCCUCCUGGAAGAGGAGAAGUAAUAACACCGCCACCUACAGAAAUUCCAUGCGAAGAUGAUGGUCUCGGGGCAAAGGAAGGUGGAAAAUUGCCCGAUUCAAGCUUUUCAGCACUUUCAAGUCACGGUACACGUUACUAUCCCUCUUUUGGUCGGUUGAAUGGUCCGUCAGCUUGGUGUCCUAUGACCAAUCGUGAUCAGUAUCUUCAGAUUCAUGUGCCGGAUGCGCGAGUCAUUUGUGCCGUUGCGGUUCAAGGUUUUGAGAAUUUGAAUGAAUAUGUUACGAGUUUCUCAGUAACCUACUCAGUGGAUGGGAAUAAGUGGUUAGCAUUUACAGAUGACAAGGGCGAAAAGGAAAAGGUGUUUGAAGGCAACAAGGAUGCUACAUCCAUUGUAAAACAAGAAUUUCCAGCUCCUGUGAGAGCCCAGUACAUUCGAAUUUACCCAGUGUCCUAUGAGGAAUGGCCUUGUUUGAGAGUAGAGCUGUAUGGCAAAGAAACUGAGGAAGCGAAACCUACAGCACCAGGAGAGGAAAAAGUUACUUCGCCUCCUGGAGGAGAAGAAAUAAUUCCCCCGCCUGGUGAAGUUAAAGAAAAAACCACUGCACCUCCCAGUAAAGAAAUCCCAUGCGAGUAUAAUGCUCUUGGGGCGGAGGAAGGUGGAAAAUUGACCAAGGCAAGCUUCACUGCAACCUCUACUUACGCAAACGAGUUACAAUCUUUCAAUGGUCGCUUGAAUGGACCAUUCGCCUGGUGCCCCGCUGACCCAUUCGUUGGGCAAGAGUAUCUACAGAUUCACGUACCGGAAGCGGAAACCGUCUGUGCCAUUGCUCUUCAAGGGAGUGGAGUCGAGAAAGCAAAGGAAUAUGUCACAGAAUACUUUGUGAAAUAUUCAGUUGAUGGUGAAAAGUGGGACGAAAUUAAGGACGGAGAAGGAAAUUUGAAGUUAUUCGAGGGCACGGAUAGUCCUAAAGAGAUAUCCAAACAAGUUUUACCAGUACCUGUAAAGGCCCACUACGUUCGCAUUUACCCACUGUCAUAUGAGAGUUGGCCAUGUUUGAGAGUUGAGCUAUAUGGAAAAGAAAGGCAACGAGCACCCUCCGAAACAGGAGGAGAAGAAACUACUUCCCAUCCUGUUAAAGGUGAAGAAACUACUUCUCCCCCUGGUGGAGGUGAAGGUGAAACUACAGAGUUGCAGUGUGAUCCUGUCGGCGCAGCAUAUGGAGGUACCCUGCCGGACUCAAGUUUUUCGGCUUCCUCUGACAGCGGAGACGAUUACAGCGCGUCCAAAGCUAGAUUGAAUGGUCCCUCGGCAUGGUGCUCAGCAGAAAAUUCAAAACCAGGCGAUUACCUUCAGAUUGAGUUACCAACUGAAAUGUCAGUUUGUGCUAUUGAAACGCAAGGUUUUGGCAGCUUUGGAGUAUGGGUCAAAAGGUUUACUGUUGCGAUAUCCCCAGACGGUCAGGAAUGGGAAACAAUGGUUAUGGAGGGGAACGUAAAUCCAACUGACCCAUCAAUUCAGAGAUUUCCAAAACCCAUCCAUGGGAAGUUUGUUCGUAUUUACCCAAUGCAGUAUCAAACAUACCCAUGUAUGAAGGUGGAAAUAUACGCAAUAGCGACUGAAAAGUUUCCUCACCCAAAAGAAACUGAAAAAGAAAUUAUGCAAGAGAAUCCCCCUCCUCCGAAGACUCCCACGGGUGAGAAAAAAGGUUCACCACCUCCUCUCCCAGUGAAUCCACUAAUUCCCACAACAGUCCCUGGCAAGGGGAUGGACAUAGGAAUUGUGAUUGGUGUAACCGAAAGCGAAUUUGAGAUUAUUAAAAUGUUCAUAUCUCGGUUGCUCAUAUUCAUCAGUCAGAACUUCCCAAAUGUUCAAUUUGGACUCAUCAUUUACAGUGAUAGGCCCGAGCUUAUAAUGACUCUCCAACACAUUGAGUACGUCAACGUUAAGGUGAUCAUCGAAGGGAUGUCGUAUGUCCCUGGGGGGCACCGUACGGAUCUCGCUAUGCUGUACGCCAGUCGUAAGCUGUUCUGUCCCGUGGGGUGUGAGGACCGACCGGAAGAGGAAAAUGUGAUGAUACUUUUCACCUCUGAAAAAACUGAUGCCGGCUCGAUCCCGUACAGUCUUGUGUCACCGAUUAUGAAGAAUUGUUCGUCCAACAUAAUCGCCGUCGGACUCUCCAAUAAAGUCAGUAAAUCAGAGCUGGUCCAAAUAGCACUUGGUGCGCCCGAGCGCGUGCUUCGAUACAACUCGGUAGAUUCUCUGGAUUCAAACGUCAUACAUCAGAUCUCAGCCAUGAUCGAACAAGGACCUGUUGUAAAGACUGUUGAAAAAACUGUCACGACCACUUCUAAGGUGAUUAUCCACGAGUUGCCUUGAGCCGUUAAUUUUUGAUGUUUUCUUGCUGAGCUUAGUUUAACCGAGACAACGUUGUGUUUGUCUGCUGAUUUGUCACGAUUAUGCAAUGUUUUAAAAGCUGCUAAGGCUGCGGGAAAAACUAGGAUGGAAGGUUUUAUAUUUAGCUCGAGGAUAAAUGGGGCCGUAGGAGUCAUGCUAAACUUCAAUGAAACCCAACUCGGGUGAAGGAAAAUACAAAUAGCAAAGAAGCAAGAUAUUCAGCCAGUAAAUCGGAUAAAUUGUGCCCCGUGAGGAUCGUGAUCUUAUGAAGAAGAAUUGACCACGCGAGCAGAAAUGGUUGGCUCAUUUCCUUAGAAACGUUUAGUUACGUAUCUAAACCCUGGCUUGAAUUUUUUUAAUGGACUGUUUCUGAUUUAAUUUGUGUUGGUUAUCACUCAAUGGCGUAAUUAAUCACAUGCCGCCACGUGUACCACCACGUCAUGUUCACCUGCAAAGGAAAUUAAAAUUCGUCGCGUUCGGGUUUGGCUUAAAAACGUAACUCCAAUGAAUAGCAUUGAACUCAAGAAGUCUAAUGCAUAUGGUUUCGGAAAACUGAUUCAAACAAGUUGUUCCCAGUAAAAGCAUCUGGUAAAUCAAUAAUUUUCAUAUUGCUUAAUUAAGAAAUGUUUUACUUUUUUUGUGUAGAUAGCUGUCUCAGCCGUCGAAAAACCUUUAUAAUUAAGGCAUGGAAUAUCAGUAAAUCUGGUGAAGGUAAUUCCAUUCGAAACAAGCCACGCAAUUGAACAUUACUUUCCUUCUUGAUAAAUGCAGGUUAGAAUAAGUGGGUCAGUUUAGGUUGGUAAGAUAUUUGUAAGCCUUUAAAAACCAAUAUUCAAAACAAAACUUGAGAGAAUUAGUCAGAAGCAGAAAUUUUUUCUAAUUAUUAUCAUAAGUAUCAAGUUACAGUGUACAUGGCCAGAUCAGUAGUAUGAAUAAGUGUUAUUUUCACAAUAAAAACAUA